AUGAUGGACAAUGUGAACAACGUGGAGAGCCACCUGAACUCCCAGCAACACGUCGGCGACCGCAACUAUUCUCUCGUCCGGCACAAGAAGAAACCAGCCACCGUCAGUGCAGUUGUGAGUCCGACUCCACCGCCAACACCACCGCAUCACGUUCAUGUGGCUACUUCACUCCCUGGGCAGCCUGUCCAGUGUCCAUUUUGCCCCUACGGCCACGACCGCGUCAGCGCAGUGCUCAUGCAUCUCGAGCGAGGCAACUGCCCAGGUAUUUACCCCAAACGCAGCGACAUCUUCAACGCCGUGUGUCUGUGCGACGAUAUGGGCACCAUCACAAACUUGAAGCUCCAUCAGCCCACGCGCGAGAGCUCCUGGGACCCAAAGAAGAAACUUUUCAGCUGUGCCCUUUGCAAUCGUGGUUUCCAGACUGUCGGCGGCCUGGCAGAUCACAUGAAUAGCGAGUUUCACGAGUUUGAGUGGUAUCACUGUCCGAAUGCCGAUGGCUGUGUCAGUGAGUUCGGCUUGCUGUCCGCGUUGAUGGCACAUCUGGAGGACCAAGCGUGUGGUUGGAAGUCUUUCAAAGAGCUGCAGGAACACGGCCAUGUGGUUCUGGACCCUAUGCGGCUGCGGUAA